AUGUCCCCCUCCUCCGUCACCCUCGACAAUGUCGCCGACAUCCUCCAAAACGACACCCGCGUCAAAUUGGCCGGCGUUGACGUCGACGGCCAGCUGCGCGGCAAACUAGUAUCCAAGAAGAAGUUCCUCUCCAUCGUCGCCGACGGUUUCGGUUUCUGCUCCGUGGUGUUCGGCUGGGAUAUGCACGACCAGACAUACUUCAAGGAGCUAUCGAUCAGCAACAAAGAGAACGGAUAUCGCGAUAUCGUCGCCGUGCCCGACCUCAGCAGUUUCCGCCGCAUUCCCUGGGAGAACAACGUGCCUUUCUUCCUCGUCAGCUUUCACGAUCCGGAGACCAGGGAGCCGGUGUGCGCGUGUCCGCGGGGUCUGUUGAAGACGGCGCUCGGCAAGGCGGAGAAGGCAGGUUAUCGUGCGAUGGCUGGAGCCGAGUACGAGUUCUAUCAGUUCCGUGUCCCCGAAGAGCACGCGACCCCCGAGCGAAAUGCGUCGGCCACUGCUACCUUCCUCAAACAAAACCCCGUCGAGUCGUUGCCGUCCCUGACCGAGGGGAUGUUCGCAUACAGUUUGACGCGACCGACUCACAACCAGGAUUAUUACUAUGGAGUGUAUGAUGCCUGCGAGCAGUUCAAUUGCGAGAUCGAGGGAUGGCACACCGAGAGCGGACCGGGCGUGUUCGAAGCUGCACUACAAUUCGGGGAAGCCAAGGAGAUGGCCGAUAAAGCGGGGCUGUUCAAGUUCGUCGUCAAAUCCAUCGGUACGAAGCAUGGAAUUACGCCGUCUUUCAUGGCGAAGCCGCGCGAGGGUCUACCCGGGAACAGCGGCCAUAUGCACAUUUCCAUGGUGGGCAGCGACGGGAAGAACGCUUUCCUCCGCGACACCCCCGAUCCUUCGCCUCCGUAUCCCGACGUCGCGCAUCUGUCUGACCUCGGUCGCCACUUUUUGGCGGGCGUGCUGACCGGGUUGCCGGAUAUUAUGCCGCUGUUCGCGCCGACGAUCAACUCCUACAAACGCCUGGUCGAGAACUUCUGGGCUCCGGUGACCGUGUCCUGGGGUCUGGAGCACCGCGCUGCCUCCGUCCGACUGAUCGCACCGCCGACCGCUAGUCCGAAAGCUACGCGACUGGAGGUGCGCGUGCCGGGCGCCGACGCCAAUCCGCACUUUGUUCUGGCAGCCGUUGUCGCCUUAGGGUGGCGCGGGGUAGAAAAGAAGCUGCCAAUCCCCGUGCCCCCGCUGUCCAAGGGCGAAGACAUGGGUGGUGCUAGCGACCAGGGGGUACGGUUGGCCAAGUCACUGCGAGACGCCACGACGGCUUUUAUGCGCCCGGACAGCGUCGCUCGGGAGGUGUUUGGCGAUGCCUUUGUGGAUCAUUUCGGCGGCACGCGCGAGCAUGAAGUGCGGUUGUGGGAGGAAGCGGUUACCGACUGGGAGGUGAGACGAUACAUCGAAACGGUCUAG